AUGAGGGGCGGCGGGGCUGGCGUCUGGUGGCGUGGAGACAUUUCAAGAGACACUCAAGGAACUUCUGAGGACGGAGUGGUUUUUCAGAAAUGUGCGGUGGUGUCGGGGCCGAGCGUGGCACAGACGGCCCAGGUGCGUCUGCUGGUGAACAACACCGCGGGGCCGGGGGCCGCCGACCUGUCGGAUCUGCUUUUGCUCGACAACAUCACCGGCCUCGCCGUCAGGGAGUCGGCGGGAAACAAGACGUCGGCUGGGCUGCAGGCCUUCAGGCAGCGGUUUCUGCAAGUUGGAGACUCCUUCUCAGUCAGCUACACAGCCUCGCUGGAGGCCGGGGACCGUGGGCGUGGAGAGGUCCUGGUGCUGCCGGCGCUGCUCACCUUCCGGAGCGCCUCCGCGAACAGAACACAGCUGAAAGCCCUGCUCACCAUCACAGCAGAGGAAACAGUAACGGUUCUACCAAACCACGGCCUUCACGCAGCCGGCUUCUUUGUGGCCUUCAUCGUCUCCCUUGUGCUGACCUGGGUCACGCUUUUCUUCAUGGUUCGCUAUCAGUGUUUCAAGAGAAGCAUGUUCACCAGGUAUCAGGCUCGGCAUCAGGAGAGCAGGCUGGAGCACUCCCAGUUCACGGCGGCCGGCGGUGUGAAUGAGGAUCUGGCUCUGAAUGACCAGAUGAUCGGCAUCCUGUCCUCAGAGGACCCCGGGAGCAUGCUGCAGGCCCUGGAAGAGUUGGAGAUUGCAACCCUGAAUCGGGCCGACUCAGAUCUGGAGGCUUGUCGGACCCAAAUCAGCAAGGACGUCAUCGCCCUUCUGCUGAGAGAUCUGAGCAGCGGGGGCCACCUCGCCCCUCAGGCGGAGAGGAGGAUGGGCGCCGCUUUCAAAAAGCAGUUUCUGAUGCUGGAGAAAGAAAUACAAGAGGAGUAUGAUCGCAAGAUGGUGGCUCUGGCGGCCGAAUGUGACCUGGAAACAAGGAAAAAGAUGGAAAACCAGUUCCAGAGGGAGGCAGCGACGAUGGAGGAGGCGGAAGAACUGCUGAAGCAUGUUAGCGAGAGGUCGGCGGGCGAGUGCAGCAGCCUCCUGCGGACCCUGCACGGCCUGGAGCAGGAGCAGCUGCGGCGCUCCCUGGCUCUGCAGCAGGAGGAGGACUUCGCCAAGGCGCACAGGCAGCUGGCCGUCUUCCAGAGGAGCGAGCUGCACAGUAUCUUCUUCGCCCAGAUCAAAAGUGCUAUUUUCAAAGGAGACCUGCAGCCAGAGGCCGCCAAAAUGCUGCUGCAAGAUUACUCCAGAAUACAGGAGGAAGUGGAAGAGCUGAUGGACUUCUUCCAGGCCAGUAAGAGGUGCCACCUGAGUAAGAGGUUCGGCCACAGGGAGUACCUGGUGCAGACCAUGCAGUCGGCGGAGACCCGCGUGCAGGGCCUGCUGAGCGCUGCUGCUGCCCAGCUGACCCUCCUCAUCCAGAAACACGAGAGAGCAGGGUACCUGGAUGAAGAGCAGACGGAGGAGCUGAUGGAGCGGGCUCAGACGGAAGUCUUCUCCAUUAAACAGAAGUUGGACAAUGACCUAAAGCAGGAAAAGAAAAAGCUCCACCAAAAAUUAAUAGUUAAGAGAAGACGAGAGAUGCUGCAAAAGCACAAGGAGCAGCGCCGGGAGCAGCUGGCCCUCGGGGAGGCCUUCCGAGCAGCCGAGGACGUGGGCCAGUACCUGGGCCGGUGGCGGAGGGAUGUCACCAGCCACACCCUGUCCCUGCCCCCCAGGAGGCUCUGCGGCUCCCCCUUCUCCCUGUCCGAGGAGGAGCUGCUCCGGAUACGGCAGGACGUGCACAGCUGCUUCGCUCAGAUGGACAGGAGCCUGGCCCUGCCCCGAAUCCGGGCCCGCGUCCUGCUGCAGCAGCUGCACACGGCCUGGCGGGAGGCAGAGUUCCUGAAGCUGGACCAGGCCCUGGCUGCCCCCGAGCUGCAGCCACAGGCCAAGGCGAGGAAGCCGCGCGCCAAGAGUAAAAGCAAGACCGACCUUCUGAGGAAGUGCAUUGAAGAUAAAAUCCAGCUCUUUGAUGGCCCGGCCCCGGAGGACCUGCUGGAAAAGGUCCGCGCCGACCUGCUGCGGGAGCGGGUGCAGCAGCUGGAGGCCCAGGAGGGCCGCUUUGCCGAGUCCCUGGUCGCCCUGCAGUUCCAGAAGUCCGCCGGGGCGGCCCGGACGCUGUGGGCCUACACCGCCCUCCUGAGCGUCCAGCACCUGCUCCUGGAGGAGCUGAGCGAGUCGGAGACGCUGACCAAGGCGGCCUGCGCCCAGAUCCUGGAGUCCCACAGCCCCGAGCUCCAGGAGCUGGAGAGGAAGCUGGAGGAGGAGCUGGCCCACCAGGAGGCCGCCCAGCGGCAGCGGCAAUGGAGCCAGGAGCUCCUGGAGCGCCAGCAGCAGAGCCUGCGGGAGGAGCAGGAGCGCAGCGCUGUGCUCGAAGACCUGCUGGAGCGCAUGGAGGCGGACGCCUUCGUGGGCCUGUACAGCCAGGAGCUGCGGCUGGCCUCGUACCUGUCCAAGCUGACGAUGGUGCCCGCAGGCACGCUGCGCUGCCUCCUGAGCGUGGCUCUGCCCGCAGCCCCACAGCCUGAGCUGCUGGCCUUGCUGGAGUCGCUCAGCCAGAAGCAGCUGGACCCCGCGGUGGAGCAUGACGGCGGCGGGGAACAGGCCGACCUGGGCCAGAGGGGGAAGCACCAGGGCUGGUGGCAGGCCUUAGAGAGCAGGCUGCGCGGAGAACUGAGAAGCAGCGGCCGGGACAAGAUGCUGUGGGCGCGCCGGAGGAAGGAGAGCAUACUGAGGAAGACGUGCCCCCCUCUCAGAGAGCGGACGGUGUGCUCAGGGAAAGGGGGCUGGCCACACCUGUCCCUGGAGUCCAGUGGCGACCUGGUGCCCGUGCCCAUCGUCGGGGCAGAAGCCAUUGAUUUAUUGAACACGGGCGAAAAGCUCUUUAUAUUCAGAAAUCCCGAGGAGCCAGAGAUCUCGCUGCGCGUUCCUCCCAGGAAGAAGAAGAACUUCCUGAAUGCCAAGAAGGCCGCCUGGGCCGCGGGCGUGGACUAGCCAGCAGGAAGGCGCCAGGGACUGAAGACGGGACGACGUGCUUUCUCCUGCCCACCUGUGUGGGUAUAGGGCACAAUCUGCAAAUGUCAACUGCAGGUGGCAGACACAGACACCCCAACAAACCCCGACUUUCAGGGACCCAGUUUGCUCUGUUCUUAUGAAUUCCAAGAGGGCCCGUUCCCUUUGGAGGGACGUGGUGAGAGGGGACCAGCCGUGAGCACUCGGUGCCCGCACCCCGAGGGCCUGCGGUGACCAGCCCCCCUGCACGUCCUCCAGUGUCCGGCUGCGGAAAGGGCUGGGUGUGGAAGGCAAGGCUCUCUCUUCUUACAUAUUCUGUGUUUGUCGGGAAUUUUCAAGAAUAAAUGUAUUUUACACAAA